CAGGCCGUCUGCUCCCCACCGGCUUCAUCCGCUACGGCUACGGCGGGGCGAGCCGGAACUUUUAUCCAUAGGAACGGGUUUACAGUGUAGAGUGUUGCCGGCCGGCCUCAAGGAGAUUAGAGUGCCAUCCUCUUCCUCUCACCGUAGCCGCCGCGGAGCGGUGCCGAGCCGAUCAGAUCCAGGAGCGCAGUUACCGGGCGGGCUGGGUCUAUGGUCGCUCCGCGGGCCGCUCCGCCGGCUGGUGCUUUUUUUUCAGGGCAAGCUGUGUUCCAUGGCAGGGAACUUUUGGCAGAGCUCCCAUUAUUUGCAAUGGAUUUUGGAUAAACAAGAUCUGUUGAAGGAACGCCAGAAGGACUUAAAGUUUCUCUCAGAAGAAGAGUAUUGGAAAUUACAAAUAUUUUUUACAAAUGUUAUUCAAGCAUUAGGUGAACAUCUUAAAUUAAGACAACAAGUUAUUGCCACUGCUACAGUCUAUUUCAAGAGAUUCUAUGCCAGGUAUUCUCUGAAAAGUAUAGAUCCUGUAUUAAUGGCUCCUACAUGUGUGUUUUUGGCAUCCAAAGUAGAGGAAUUUGGAGUAGUCUCAAAUACAAGAUUGAUUUCUGCUGCUACUUCUGUAUUAAAAACUAGAUUUUCAUAUGCCUUUCCAAAGGAAUUCCCUUAUAGGAUGAACCAUAUAUUAGAAUGUGAAUUCUAUCUUUUAGAACUAAUGGAUUGUUGCUUGAUAGUGUAUCAUCCUUAUAGACCUUUGCUCCAGUAUGUGCAGGACAUGGGCCAAGAAGACAUGUUGCUUCCCCUUGCAUGGAGGAUAGUGAAUGAUACCUACAGAACGGAUCUUUGCCUACUGUAUCCUCCUUUCAUGAUAGCUUUAGCUUGUCUACAUGUAGCCUGUGUUGUACAGCAGAAAGAUGCCAGACAGUGGUUUGCUGAACUUUCUGUGGAUAUGGAGAAGAUUUUGGAAAUAAUCAGGGUUAUUUUGAAACUGUAUGAGCAGUGGAAGAAUUUUGAUGAGAGAAAAGAGAUGGCAACUAUUCUUAGUAAGAUGCCGAAACCAAAACCUCCUCCAAACAGUGAAGGAGAGCAGGGUCCAAAUGGAAGUCAGAACUCUAGCUACAGCCAAUCUUAAAACAUUCCGAAGAAUUCCGUAGUGGACCAGUUGGAAAUAAACCAUUGGACAGAUUUCAGUUAUGUCUUCAAUGGAACACAAAUGAAAAUGAAUAGCUUGUUUCUGUCAAGCAUAUUGGGAAGUGAUUUUAUUUUUGCAAAAUAAGUUUUACCUUACCUGAUUUGAUUCUAGUACAUAAUUGAUUGAAAUCUCUUGAUUAUAAAAGUUUGGAAAGGUUCUAAGGGGACCUACAGACAGACAUACAUAGACAUUUCAAAAUUAAUAACUUUCGAUUAGUAUAAUUUUUCUUCAUUUGGAUAAUAGAAAUUAUAGCUUUUUAUUAAGCCAGGAAACAUGAAGCAUAAUUUGUCUAAAAUUUUCUUUGGUCAUUGAAGGACCAAAAAAAAGACAUAAAAAGUCAAAUAUAUGAGGGUUUUUUUCCCUCCUUAAGUUAAACUUUAAAACUGUAUUUAAGGAAUCAAAUCUUACAAAAUCCUGGAAGAUUUUGGUAACGAUAUUGAUAAUUUCAGGGAAAUUAAUCAAGUACCUAUUGAUUUAAAAGUGUAUUUUAUUCGUAGUUUUAGUAUCUUGCCAUGGAAGAUACUAGCCCAGCCUAGCAGAAAAGUGCAAUAUGUAUAGCAUACUUUGACAUUUUAAAAGUUAUAUUAAUUCCAUAACCAUUUUGAAAUGCUGGGCAAACUUAAAAAAAAAAAAAUCCUACAUGACCUUAUUUGCAUUUGAUUCACAGUUAAUCAGGCAUUUUGAAAGUUAAUUGGAUAAAACACCAUGAUAUGGUUGAAAUUUGGCAACAUUUUAAUGUUAAUUUUUACUCUACUGUGAAAGGUUUUUAUAUGACAUACACUCCCUAGUUUAUUUUUGUGUCUUAGUGUGGAUUUACAAAUUUACUACAGGUAUCCUGAGCCAGGAACACAAUCAGGUUUCAGGCCAGUUUGAUACUGGCCAUUCUUAAUUCUCAUGAGUGUAGGACUUGGACAAAUUGUUAUGUCAGUGGGACUGUGCUGUCUGUGGAACUUAAUCAUUUUCUUCAGAUUUGAAGGAGAGUGAUGAAAUUUGAAGUCAUAGGAGAUUGAUGUACAAUUUAAGGAUUAAGUUUUUUUAUAAAUCAAUUGUGAACAAUGGAUUAUUAAAUUAAGUGUUGACUUCCUAGUAUGAAACUUCAAGAAUAAAAGUAAUGUUCUCCA